UCAAAAAGCCUAACGUUUCUGAAUCAAGUAGUCAAUUUGGUGCUCUUGCCAAGGAGCUGAAAAGACAAGACUGUCCACAAUAUGCAGGUUUCUGCAGUCUGGCCAAAGCAAGGUGUGAAAAUACGCUCUCAAACGCGACCGGGGAAGUCGAAGCACUUACCGAAGCGGCAAGAUUGUUUUUAGAAGCGGAGAAGAACUGCGUAGAACUUAAAUGCCCGGCGUUCGAGGAACACUUGACUGAAGCAAUACAUUUGUAUAAUCAAGCCAUUAAGAUCCACUGUGCCCAAGGGAACCCGGCUUUAGGGGCUUGUUUGUGUCUGGAGAUAGGAGACGCCUUGAGAUACAUGAACCGGCCCCACGAAGCUAUGGUCCACUAUCAGCAUGCAGCGGAGUUACAGCAUCAGAAUCCUAUAGAUGCUCUGCAGUCUAUGACUUUAGUGGCAUCAUGUAAAAUUGAGACAGGUAGAUAAUUUAACCUGAGGCAUGUUAAACAAUCCACCCUAUUAAUGGAUAAUGGAACAGUUUCACUUACUUAAAAGUGGUUCUUAAAUGUUGUUUUGAUCAAUGUUAUGAAUGGUUCAAUUCUAUUUGUUCCAGACCAAUACACCACCCCCCACCCCCCAUCCCCACCACCAUUACCACCACCACCAAAGGAUACACCUUUUUUCUUACAUGGCAGUCUAUUCCCUCCCCACCCCCAUAAAUGCAGAAAGGAAGAAUUCCCCACCCCCUGGGCUCCUCAUCAACCACACAUCCUUUGUUUUGAUAACAACAAUAAUUGAUUUCCAUAUAGCAAAUCAAGAUGUUUUGUAAUAAUUUGAUGACAGCAUUUUAAGUGAAAUUGUCCCAGGUUUGUAUAUCAUAAAAUACAGGACUGAGAUCUCUUUUUUUAAAUAGGCCAUACAUCCAUUUUCAUUAAGAUAUUAUAUUUCCUUCCUCUCUACUUGUAGGGAGGGCGGAAAUAUAAAAACAUUGGUGGUUUGGGGUAGGUUUUCCAGGAGUGGGCAUUAGAAAAAGGGCAAGUAGGCUCACUCAGUUGUUUCAAAAUUUCUCGGAUUCUGUGGCUCAUGCAACCAUUUCCCCCCCUAUUCAAAUUCUUUCCCAUUGGCUUCUUUAGUUGAGAUGCAACCAGAAUAGACUAAGGUUAUUUGUGUUUCAGGUGAUUUUGACGGUGCUCUAUCUGUGCUAACUGAGAUGGCUUAUUUUGCUGAGGAACGUGGAUCUGUGAGCCAGCCCCAUGGCAAGUUACAAGGUCCGUAUCAAGAAAUCUUAGCGCAUUGUGAAAUUGGACGUGUCCUUCUUCUUAUGUUACUGCAGCCCACACCUCAACGCAUUCGUCCUCAACAUGCUCAGAUACUUGAGAAAUACUCUGAAGGCAAUGUCACUGGGCACCCUGUAGAAUUUAUGAACAAAGAUUUGUUUCUGUUGCUGCAGUCUGUUGUGAUGGUUUGUCAGGAAGGAGAUGCAUGUGCUCUGCAGGAUCUUGAAAAAGAUCUAUGGACUUAUCUCAACCCUGAGCAACAGCAUCUUCUACAUUUGAUUACCCUAAAAAUGUCAAACAAGGAACACUAA